AUGAAAACUGCAGUUGAGACAGAUCUUCAUGCUUUGCUAUUUGAAUAUUAUGAACAACUGAGACACAGUGAAGGGCUCGCCGAGGCGUUUCGGAAACGCGCCUGGGAGCCUGUGGAUCUUGUGCUGGACUGUAUUGGGGGCCAGACACUGCGGCAGGCGUAUGAUCCCGCUGUUGUCAGGGAUGGCGGGAUUAUUAUUAGUGUUGCGCAGCCUGUUCCUGAGCAGGAGCCCGAGUGGGCGGGGGUCAGGGAUGCGAUUGCGCAGAGGGGGCUGAGGAGUCGGUUUUUCAUUGUUCGGCCGGUCGGGGAGCAGUUGGAGAAGAUUUCGUUGCUGGUGGAGAAGGGGGAGUUGAAGGCGUUUGUGGAGAAGGAGAUGGAGCUGUAUCAGGGGCGAGAGGCGAUGGAGUUGGUGGAGAGCAGGAGAUCGAGGGGCAAAGUGGUUUUGAGGGUCAAUUGUUACGAUAGGUAGGCGUGCUUGGGUUGGUUUUGGCAUACAGUACAUGGGAGAGGGCGGGGGGAAGCUGUCAUCGUGAAAUAACGGAAAUGAAAGAAUGCUGUAUGUCGGUUUAAAGCCAUAGCUAUGUCUGAGCAAUGUCAACUUGACUCUAAUCAUCACACAUCAUCUAUAGAGGAUGAACAGCGUUGGGGAUUGUACGAGGCCAGAUGGAGGGAGACAUGGUAACAAUAAUAGUAACAAUAGAAUAAAAGGGAGGACUAAAUACUAAAUAUAAAUAACAUCGAGGGGGAUAGAAAAAAAAGGCUUAUGACAGAAGACAUGAUAGCAGCAAACUAAAGAAAAAGGGAAUAGAGCACACAGGAUGACGAAGAAAUAGACAAGGAAAAGAACCACGCUAGAUAUAACCUAUUCAUUUCAAUCCCAACAGUUUCAAGCCCCAUUUGAGGUUCUCGUACAUAGAUAGCUCAUUUCCUCGCUCUUCCAGAAGGCCCGCUUGGGCGUGUAAAGAAAUAACCCCAUGAUUCGUCUGAGGUAAAAAAGCACGGAUAAAG